UAUCACCCCUAGGAGCUGUCCCUCUCUGGAGUUUUCUGCCGAUUCGGAGGUUCUUCGUCAAAGGCAGGAAGUCGAGGGUGCACUCGUAGUGCAGAUGCAGCGCUGUCCCGAGCUGCUGAAAAUUAUAAGUCUGCCGGCAUCGACAUUUCGUCGGCUGCCCCGAUUGGGUCUGCGUCUAAAAUUACAGCGCACAGUUCGCGUUCGCAUGGGGUACGUGGGGCUCUCCGGUGAGCGCACGUCACCUCUGGCACGAACGUGAUUCACCGUUGACACCAAGAAAAAAUACACAAACUCUGUCGACCUGUUCGUUAACUCGAUGCCUCGAAGACGCCGUGUCCUGUGGAUGAUUCGCGUUUAGCCUUCGAUCGACCUGCCGCCCCCGGCCGGAGCAUAACGUACCAGAAGCAAUCAGACCUAUAUAAAACGGAUAAAAUGGUUACUAGCUCACAGUACUAGUCCGCUACUCAGCAGAGCAUUGGCGGGUUGACCAUGGCUGGGAGCAUCGCGUCUCCUUUGCUCCUCCUGCUCAACAUGGCGGGAGCGCUGCUCGCCCCGCGCGCUCCUCAGACUCAGAGCCUGCCAUCCUCCGCCGACGACGGGGACGAAGUGGACUUCUGCUUCUUCCCCUUCCUCGUGCUCUACAAGAGCGGCCGCGUCCAGCGCUUCAUGGGCACGGACACCGUGCCAGCCUCCGUGGACCCUGCAACCGGCGUGUCCUCCAAGGACGUGUCCAUCAACGAUGAUGCCCCCUCCGCUGGCCUCGCCGUCCGCAUAUACCUGCCGGCCCAAGCAAAAGCCAACGGCACGGCCAAACUGCCGCUGGUCGUGUUCUACCAUGGCGGCGGGUUCGUCACAGAGUCAGCCUUCUCGCCGAUGUACCAGCGGUACCUCAACGCGCUCGCGUCCAAGGCGGGCGUGCUCGUCGUGUCCGUGGACUACCACCUCUCGCCCGAGCACCGCCUCCCGGCCGGCUACGACGACGCGUGGGCGGCGCUCCAAUGGGCGCUCAGGAGCGCGCGCUCCGGACUAGCAGAGCCCUGGCUGCAUCGGCACGCCGACCUGACGCGGCUGUUCCUGAUCGGGGACAGCGCGGGCGGCAACAUCGCGCACAACAUGGCCAUGCGCGCCGACAGGGAAGGUGGCCUCCCCGGCGGCGCCACCAUCGAAGGCAUCGCGUUGCUGGACCCCUACUUCUGGGGGAAGCGCCCGGUGCCGUCGGAGACGCGGGACCCGGAGGAGCGGCGGAUGAAGGAGCAGAGCUGGAGCUUCAUCUGCGCGGGGAAGUACGGGGCGGACGACCCCGUGAUCAACCCGGUGGCCAUGGCGGGCGAGGAGUGGCGCCGGCACCUCACGUGCGCGCGCGUGCUGGUGACCGUGGCCGGGCUGGACGUGCUGAGCGCCAGGGGCCGCGCGUACGUCCGGGCGCUCCGGGCCAGCGGGUGGGCCGGCGAGGUGGAGCUCUAUGAGACGCCUGGCGAGAACCACGUGUACUUCUUGUUGAAGCCGGAUGGAGAGAAGGCGGCGAUGGAGAUGGAGGCGGUCGUGGCCUUCAUCAACGGCCGCCGCGUGAGCACGGCUUCAGGAAGGAAAUUCGUGCAAGAAAAGUAAUGUCUCUAGCUAUCUCCUAUUUAGGAAUGAGUUACAAAUAUCUUAAUGUAAUUUUGCUUACUGAGACAUGGCAAGUCUGCAACCGCCUGUACGUUGCAAUCGCUCACAUGCGGGUCUCAACGCUCAAUUUUCCUGUUUAAGAGCUGAUGAAAAUGGACAGUUUGGGCUCACCAUACAUGAUUAUCA